UACCGUCUCGAUCAGCUGAAAUAUGGCAUGUUCUUUUCAGUUUACAAGUUUUACUCGUGCUCUUUAAAGAUGACAGAGGGAACGUGUUUGCGGAGAAGGGGAGGCCCCUAUAAGACCGAACCAGUGACAGAGCUCAGCUGCUGGAGGUUGAGUAAUGUGGAGGGCAGACAGACCUGGAGGUACACUGAGGAGGCAGACAGCAUGGACAGACAGCAGAGCAUGCUGGAAUCUCACUCUCUGGGACUGGACACGGGUGAGUUCAUCUCAGCAUCCCCUUCCGCACACACUGCAGUAGAAGCUGCACUGAAGGGAAUGGACUUCUACAGCCGUCUCCAGGCUGAAGAUGGACACUGGGCUGGGGAUUAUGGUGGACCACUUUUCUUACUUCCAGGUCUGCUCAUAACCUGUCAUAUUGCUGAGAUCCCUCUGCCAGAUGCAUGGAAGCAGGAAAUGGUUAGAUACCUUUGCUCUGUGCAGCUGCCUGACGGAGGCUGGGGCCUGCACGUUGAAGAUAAGUCUACUGUUUUCGGAACAGCUUUGAAUUACACCACCCUGAGAAUUCUGGGAGUUGGGCCUGAUGAUCCAGAUAUGGUUCGCGCAAGGAAUAUUUUACACAGCAAAGGUGGUGCUGUCGGUAUACCCUCCUGGGGUAAAUUCUGGUUGGCCAUCCUCAACGUAUACAGCUGGGAAGGGAUGAAUACGCUCUUUCCAGAGAUGUGGCUGUUCCCUUCCUGGGUGCCGGCACAUCCCUCCACUUUAUGGUGCCACUGUCGGCAGGUCUACCUGCCCAUGAGCUACUGCUAUGCGGUCAGGCUGUCUGCCGAUGAAGAUCCACUGAUACUCAGUUUAAGACAGGAGCUCUAUGUCCAGGAAUACUCGACUAUUGACUGGCCAGCUCAGAGGAACAACGUUGCAGCUUGUGACUUGUACACACCACACAGCACCUUGCUUACUAUCGCUUAUUUGAUCCUGAAUGUGUAUGAAGCUCAUCACAGCACUAUGCUGAGAGAAAAAGCAGUGAAGGAGCUUUAUGACCAUAUUAAAGCAGACGAUCGCUUCACUAAGUGUAUCAGCAUUGGCCCGAUUUCGAAAACGAUCAAUAUGUUGGUACGCUGGCAUGUGGAUGGACCCACAUCACCUGCCUUUCAGGAGCAUGUGUCAAGGAUUCCUGACUAUCUAUGGCUGGGUUUGGAUGGUAUGAAAAUGCAGGGUACAAACGGAUCACAGCUAUGGGACACUGCAUUUGCAGUACAAGCAUUUCUUGAGGCAGGUGCCCAGGACAUCCCCAGGUUUACAGAGUGCCUCACACAAGCCCAUCAUUUCUUUGAUCUGACCCAGCUGCUAAGCAUGAGAAAUCCUGAUGGAGGGUUUGCCACGUAUGAGACCAAACGUGGUGGAAAACUGCUGGAGCUGUUGAACCCAUCUGAAGUGUUUGGUGAUAUAAUGAUCGACUACACGUAUGUUGAGUGUACCUCAGCUGUAAUGCAGGCACUGAAACACUUUCACAGCGUAUAUCCUGAGCACAGAGCAGAAGAGAUUAGGACAACUCUUCAGCAAGGGCUGGACUACUGCAGGAGGGUUCAAAGAUCUGAUGGCUCAUGGGAAGGGUCCUGGGGAGUCUGUUUCACAUAUGGAGUCUGGUUUGGUCUGGAGGCAUUUGCAUGUAUGGGCCACACUUUCCAAAAUGGGUCUGUUUGUGUGGAGGUGAAACGUGCCUGUGAGUUCCUGCUGUCGAAGCAGAUGGAGGAUGGAGGCUGGGGCGAGGACUUUGAGUCCUGUGAGCAGCGGCACUACGUUCAGAGCAAGAACUCACAGAUCCACAACACCUGCUGGGCUUUGCUGGGGUUGAUGGCUGUCAGGUACCCUGACAUCAGAGUGAUCGAGCGAGGCAUUCAAGGUCUGAUUGAUAGGCAGCUGCCCAAUGGAGACUGGCCACAGGAGAACAUUUCUGGAGUGUUCAAUAAAAGCUGUGCCAUCAGCUACACCUCUUACAGGAAUGUGUUUCCUGUGUGGACGCUGGGCCGUUUCUCACAGCUCUACCCCUGCAGCCCUCUGGCUGGGAAACUCAAACUCUGAGUCAGAUACUGUGUACUUGUGCCUCAAAUAAGCAGUAUCUGAUCAAAGAUCAUUCUUAUUUGAAACAAACCUGUUUGCUGCUCUUUAGAAAGUAGGACUGAUUUAUCAAAGUCUUUAGAAUAUUAUCUACAGAAUAUUUAGUUCAUUUUUGUGCUCUUUUAACCAUGAGACCAAGGCGUUGUAUCCUGUAGAUGAUUAUGUAAUUAAAAGCGAUUUUCUGUACUCUUAUAAUAAAUCAUUUUAUAUUUUG